GUAUAUAACAUUUUGAGAAUUGUUGAAAUUCGAAAAAUACACAUGUUUCAAUACAUCAAAGUAGAGCGAUGCGUUUAAAGAGGGAAACAUAUUAAGAAUAGCCAAAUUGGAUUUCAUCUUUAUUAUAUACAAUUUAUUUUGCAAAACGCUAACGCGUCAGUAACAUGAAAAGAACGGAAAUGGAUUUAUAGUGAAAAAUAAAACUUUUUAAACUUUUCAAGUCAUAAACGGUACGAUGCCCGAAAGUCUUCCUGUCUCGUGUAUGACGUCAUCACUCACGCUGGACGCAAUAGCAGCACGAGAAGAAGACGCAGUUGUAGUCGACUACAUCCUCAGAGCGUCAUCGUCAGGUGGAGAGCUGGGCUCGGGAGACUACAAGUAUGGGUUUGAGGAUCUGUGCCCCGUCUGUGGUGACAAGGUGUCGGGAUAUCACUACGGGCUACUUACCUGUGAGAGUUGUAAAGGUUUCUUCAAGAGAACUGUUCAGAACAAGAAAGUGUACUCAUGUGUGGACAAUCGCAGUUGCCAUAUAGACAAGAGCCAACGAAAACGAUGUCCAUACUGCAGAUUCCAAAAAUGCCUCAAUGUCGGCAUGAAACUAGAAGCUGUACGAACGGACAGAAUGCGUGGUGGAAGGAACAAGUUCGGCCCAAUGUACAAACGAGACCGCGCCUUAAAACAACAAGCCAUCCGACAACAACAUCACAUGAUGGCAAACUGCCAAAUGCGACUGGCCAACGGGAUGGAAAUGUUCCCGAAUCACACAUCAGGAGCAGAACUCCCCGACAUAAAGCCGGACCCUGCGUUUCUCAUGUCAGUGGCAAACAGUCUAGGUUAUGGUAUGAACACUGUGAGUGGUGGUGUCAACCUCAACAACCUUAGUCAACAAGCUCAUUCACAUCCGUCGGCGACAAAUUCGCCGCCUGGAUCGAAUAUACCUUCGCCGACAGCGUCAGAGGCUUCCCCGCAUGAUUUACGUCUUCACUCUAGUUCUUCGAAUUUGCCGCAUUCACCUCAGAACGCUUCGAGCCAUCAGGGAACGCUCCCAUACUCAAAUAACAACGGGAAUUACUACAACACACCGCCCGCCUCAGUAUCGGCCAUAUCCUCCCCAACUCAUAAUAUGUAUCAACCAUUUUAUAACGCCGCCCACUCCUCGAACAUGCCUCUACUUCCUCAGCUCAUUGUUGACUUGAAAGCUAGUGCUAUGGACGAACGAGAGAUGAAAAGUAAACUUUUAUCGUUUGUGAAUACAGAGUUUGGUCAUGAAGAUUUCAACUCAUCCUCUGACUAUCAUUCUAAACUUUUAAGAAUGUUGUGUCGCCUGUCUGAUCAGUUGUUAUUCUUGAUGGUGGAAUGGGCGCGGACUUCUGUGUUCUUCAGAGAAUUAAAGGUUGAAGAUCAGAUGAAGCUGUUACAGAAUUGCUGGAGCGAGAUUCUUCUGCUCGACCUGGCCCAGCGACUGCUCAAACAUGCCUGGGGAGGAGAGCUCAUUCUGAGUAACGGGUACAAGUUGAGCCUAGAUAGUCUAGAUGAGCUCGGGUUGACAGACAUGAAGGAGCGGAUACUGGAUAUCGCACGCAAGAUGAAGGAGCUCAAGAUUGACGAGCAUGAAUACACCUGCCUCAAGUUUCUGAUCCUGCUUAACCCAGAUGUUGCAGAGAUUGACUGUCAAGAGUUUGUGGAAGGCUGUCAGGAGAAAGUCCAGGCCGUGUUGAUGGAGUACUGUAUCACGUUCUACCCAUCUGUGAAGGACAAAUUCUCUCAAGUCCUGUUACGCCUUCCUGACAUCAAGCUCGCUAGCAUGUGUGGCGAGGAGUUCUUAUACAAUAAGCACUUAUCCGGUGAACUGCCUGAUCAAACACUGCUGAUGGAAAUGUUGCAUUCGAAGAAAAAAUAGUUCCUGUGAAAGUAGUUCUAAAAGUCAUGUGAUGGAAAUGCUGCCAUAGAGGAACGGAAGAAGAAAUAGUUCCUGUGAAAUUAGUUCUAAAAGUCAUGUGAUGAAAUUGCUGCACAAGAAGAAAAGAAGAAAAGAGUUCCUAUGAACGUAGCUCUUCUUUAAUACGGUUCUAGUAUCUGACAUGUAAAUGAAUCAUUGAAUGCAGUUUGUUCAUGAAUUUAUGUUUAUUUUUCAGCUUAAACUUUUAAAUUUCUGUUUGUUAACUUGUUACGAAAUUAUUACCACUAAGGCCACAAUGAUAUAAUACUCGUUAUACUGUUAAGUAUAUAAUUUAAUAGAAGGUUUAUUAAUGAAAACUGCAGUGGUAUGGCCACAUGCAUGUAUGUAUAAGAAAUACAUAAUUAUGCCAAAAACUACUUUUCACAUACUUCUUUACUUGUUACAUAUACAUGUAAUUAUGUUAGAUAUAUCUUUUUAAGAAAUGAAAUUAUUUAUGAUGAAAUAAAAUCUUUUGAUCUAAUGAAUCAUGACAAACUGAUCUAAUUUAUGUACAUUACCUUUUGUAUACAUGUUCAAAAUAUUAUAAAUAUUUUGCUAUUUUAUUGUCAAUAGUAUUUGUACAUGGUCUUUUUACUUAUAUAUAAAUUAGAAGAUUUUACCUAUUAAGUAUGUUCUAAAUGUGUUAGAUCAUAACCUGUUACAGUAGGCGGGGGAUAUAAUUAUGACAACAUGGGACAAUCAUUUAGAACUUCGUUAAAAUUAACACCAUUAAUGGCCCGAUUGUUCAGAACUUGGUUAAACUUAACAACCUGAUUAACAACUUCAUCGUUAACUUUUAAAGGUGAAAUAUUUUAUGAUGUGCUCAUGUAUUUAAAUAAAACAGGUACAGCUGAAAUAGUUGUCUCACCUCUUGUUAGGAAUAAUGCAAAUCAUAAGUGUAUCUGUUUAACAACGAUGACGUUAAUAACCUUGUUAACUUUAACAAAGUUCUGAACAAUCGGCCCAAUGUUAACCGCAUUAUCGUUAAUUUUAAAAGGUGGUAUAUUUUGUAACAUGCUUAUAUAUUUUGAUACAACAAAUGUGUUUUCAUUUUAGUUCCAUAGAAAAAAUGAAUCGAUAGUUAACAAUGUUGUUAACGUCAUCGUUGUUAACUUUCAUUUCCUUAUUUCUACUUAAGGAAGUUUUGAACAAUCGACCCAAUGUUUGCUGAGUUGUAAAACUAAAAAUCUUAACGACUAAGCAUGGUACUUAUCUUUAAGGCUGAAAGGCGAUUUCAUUGGCCAUAAUUGUAGGUUAUAAUCUAAUUAUAAUAGUUAGUUGAAACAAGUUAAUUGUUCUUGAUGGGCCCCAGGCUUAGUUUUUUUACUCGACUUUCACUCUGAAUGUAGCAUGUAAUAUUUAUGUGCUAAAACAUUCACGAGAGUAUAAGCAUCAUUUUUACUCAUGUGAUAAAAUUGAUCGUGUUGUAACAGUAUAUGUAUAUAUAGAGAAGGAUAUAUUUUUUUGUGUUUGUUAUACAUAUAUACUGUUAAAGCAUUUUUUCCCUUAAGCCCCCAGGGUUGUUGUUAUGUUUUAUACCUUUGUUAAGCAUGAAUGCGUAACUUUGAUUCAAACUCUCUUGAUAAACAUUAAAAGUGAUGUCCAAGUGCAGAUUUUGACUUAGGCCUAUUCCAGUAAAACAUAUAACCCCCAGGGGGAAGGCAAUUAUUUAAAUAGUAUAUAGGUGGGUGUCUUUUUUCCCUAAUUUGGACCCCACAAGGGUGAAUUUGCUUCUGUAGGGGUGGCAUAAUUUAAAAGUGCUUUCUCCCUGGGGUAUAUGUUUAAAUGGAAUAGCCUAUAUGUGCACAGACUGCUGGCUACAUGUUUGUUCAUAUCAUGAAAAUAUUUCAUUCCUAAUGCAACAGCUGUCAAAUAAAGUUAAUUUUUUAAUCAAACAUUUGAAAAUAGGUAUUUCAUCUUAAUUGAAGUUCAUGGAAUUGAAUUUUUGCAAUGUAAUGUUCCUAUUAACAGUUUUAACAUAACAAAAAAAGUAAAGCAUAGUUUGCCAAAUUAUUUUUUACUUUUUCUGUAAAAACUAGCUUUUCUCUAGUUAUCUUUACAGAAAGACUGGAUCAAUAUUCUCAUUUGUUUGUAGAUUUUAGUCUCUUGCAUUUUGCAUUCCAUUUACGAGCAUAUUUUUCACUGGUCAGAAAGCUGAAUUGGUCUAGACAUUUACUCAUAAUGAAUACAUGCUAUUUCAUGUAAACUUUAUUCUUGGUGUGUAUAUAAUAAUCUUGUAUUUCUUUUUUUCAAUUUCAAACUAAAAGCGAUGUAGAAAAAUAGUAUGUUCUCCAUUUGUGAUAUUAGGACACAGAUUUCUUUUGGUUGUACUUAAAUAUGUACAAUUGCUAAAGGUCAUACCUCGGCUGAGCUAGUUUAAGCAUAUUUAAAUGUCUCUUUAUGUUUAAGCAUACUAAAAUGUUUUGUACAGUUAAGCAUAUUUAAAUGUCUUUUAUCUGUAAAGCAUAUUUAAGUUCUCAUAACAUUUAGGUAUAUUUAAAUGUCUCAGAUAAGUAUAUUUUAAUGUUUCUUAACAGUUCAGCAUAUUUAAAAGUCUGUUAACAGUUCAGCAUUUUUAAAUGUCAUUUUACAGUUCAGCAUAUUUAAAUUUGUCGUUUAAACUAGGUAUUUUUAAUAUUUCUUUACAGCUAAGAUUAUUAAAAUGUCUCUUCACAGUAAAGCAUACUUAGGAGCAUAUUUAAAUGUCUCUUACAACUAUCCUAGGAGGGUGAUAGUAGGAUUUCUCAACCUACUGAACAUGUGCUUAGUAUUUAUCUAUAGCUUAUAAGUGCUGCUACUUUACUCUCUGUUCUCUUUUUUCCUUUUAAUAUUUAAAUAUGCUAUUUUAAACAGAUUUGUGCUAUCCCUGGAUAUUUUGUUAUCAUUGUUGAACAAUUGAAAUGACGCUUUAAUCUGUUAACCUCGACCUUAAAUUAUUUGUUUACCUCGACACUUGAUUUAUAUCUAGUUUGAUUAACUAAAUAAUAUAUAAUAAAUCCAAGUAAAGUCAACAUGCAUCUGUUUGGUCAAGGUCAUUAUCUGGCUAGACAAUCACUGCAUCGGCUUAAAGGGCACAAUAUAGGUUAUACUUCAUAGAUGCAACACAAUUAUUAUUUUUGAUGCAUUAUUAUGUUUACCUCAUUUGACUUGAUAAAUCAAAACAAAAUGAACUUUAUGAAUUGUGUACAGAUAUAGAGGAUAUUUGGUGAUUUCAGUGUAAGAUCGUAUUCUAUUUCAUGAGUGAUCAUGUGCCAAUUGAUAUUUUCACUGUUGUUAUUUCACUGAUACACUCCAUAUCUCAUCGAAAAGUAUGAAUGAAACAAAAAAUAAGCAAUAUUUUUACGAUUUUAACUGGUGAUUUUGUAGGCACGUAGAUAUUAAUUAAAAACCACAUUUAUAAAAGCUAUUUCUCUUUGCAUCAGCCUUUAUUGUGUCUCUGUCAUGAAUAUUUUUAUCAGGGUAUUUUGGCGUCCUGUCAAUUGUUUGAUAAGUUCAAGUGUGUUUUUUGAAAGCAUCGCUUCUGCUUGUGUACAGACUUUUGCAUAUUUUCAAUACUUAAUAUAGGGCAUAUACAUGUAAUGAUCAUCAUUUCUCGUCAGCAUUACUGCAUGUUAAUUGAUUUUCGUUUCAUUUCUUUAUUCCUAAAAGUAAAGAAUUAUAGAAUUAUAUUGUUAAAUUAAAGCUGCACUCUCACAGAUUUACUGUUUUGACAACUGUUUUUAUUAUUUUGGCUUGUAAUUAGCCAAUAUUUGGGUAAUAGUCUGAAAACCAAUGAUAUAAGACUGCUGACAAAUGAUCAGAUCACAAUUUUUCAUAUUUACGUUCAAAAUUUAAUGUUUUAUGGUUAAAAGCAUUACUUACGCUUUAAGAAAAAUUCAUAAAACAUAAUAUUUUUAACAUACUUGAUUUAAAAAAUAUAUAUAUAUUUAUUUUUAAAACGUUCAAUCUGUGAGGGUGCAGCUUUAAUGUUAAAAGGAACUAGUAUUAGCAAUGAACUAUUAUUUAGAACAUAAGUGAACAUCCCAAAUAAAUUACAUGGUCGUCUUAUUUUCUGCCUCAAAUUCUUAAUAUUUUCAACUUAUUAAUUUCUGCCUAAUAACAACUUUAUAUAUAUAUAUAUGUGUUACCACUUUUGCAGGCAUUUUUUUUUUGCUCUGUUCAGGACAUACGUUUCUAUAGAUGGCGUCUUUUCUUUUGUAUUAUCUUUAUGACUAGUGGUUAAAGCUUUGUGCUAAUAUAUUGUUUUUAGCUGUUUUUAUUGUGAUCAUUUUAAAUAUGGUAGGUGUUCCCAUUUACAUGGAUUUUAUUUUAGCUUAUAUUUUUGUGAUGUUUAUAUUCUUAACAUUCAUGAAUAAUUGUGUCAUUGAACGAUAUGUUCUGUACAAAAACUAAAUAAAAGUACUAA